GCGCUGCUGCCGCCAAGAUGGCGUCCAUGCGGGAGAGCGACACGGGCCUGUGGCUGCACAACAAGCUGGGCGCCACGGACGAGUUGUGGGCGCCGCCCAGCAUCGCGUCCCUGCUCACCGCGGCGGUCAUCGAUAACAUCCGCCUCUGCUUCCACCGCCUCUCAUCGGCUGUGAAACUCAAGCUGCUGCUCGGGACGCUGCAUCUUCCGCGCCGCACGGUGGACGAGAUGAAGGGCGCGCUGAUGGAUAUUAUCCAACUGGCUACCCUGGACUCAGAUCCCUGGGUCCUCAUGGUUGCUGACAUUCUGAAAUCCUUUCCUGACAUGGGCUCACUGAAUCUAGACCUCGAGGAGCAGAACCCCAAUGUUCAAGACAUCUUAGGAGAACUUAGAGAAAAAGUGGGCGAGUGCGAGGCAUCUGCCAUGCUGCCACUGGAGUGCCAGUACCUGAACAAGAAUGCCCUGACCACCCUUGCUGGACCCCUCACCCCACCGGUGAAGCAUUUUCAGCUGAAGCGGAAACCCAAGAGCGCCACUCUGAGGGCGGAGCUGCUGCAGAAGUCCACCGAGACAGCCCAGCAGCUGAAGAGAAGUGCCGGGGUGCCAUUCCAUGCCAAGGGCCGGGGGCUGCUCCGCAAGAUGGACACUACAAGUAAGACUGUGCCUGCUGUCAGGCCAGUGCUGUUCUUGCUUGCCUUGCGGGUGGUGUGCCUUUUCCUCACCAGAAAACCACUCAGAC